UAGAAGUAAUGGGUUUAUCAUCUGUAACAUCACAGUUGAAUGUAGGUGUGAUAAAGCUUUCUUAUUUGUUUCAUUGCCUUAGAUUUUGAGGAGGACUCUCUUUCAUUACAGAUUGUAGUGAUCCAGAGAAUUUCACCUGGGACCAGUACUUAACAGAAACAAAAUCCCAAGCUGUGCCUGCUCGAGCUUUCAAGCAAAGACAACCACACAGCUUUAAAUCAAACUGGAAGUUGGAAGCAGUGGAUAAGAGGAAUCCAAUGCUACUGAGGGUGGUAACAAUUGUGGAGACGUCAGCUCAUGCUGUAAAGAUACAUUUUGAUGGAUGGUCUGAUGCCUACGAUUACUGGGUUGAUGAUGAUUCUCCUGAGAUACACCCUGCAGGAUGGUGUUAUCAAACUGGACAUCCUUUACAACCCCCUAUUGUGAGUGAGAACCUCAGUGCACCUGGUCAGGGAGGAUGUCCUACUCCUGGGUGUAAUGGUGCAGGACACAUCAAAGGCCCAAGGUAUACCACUCAUCACAGGUAAAGACUACAAAGAUAU